ACUCUCUUCCUUCUUACUUUCUUGGAUCCUUCCCUCCUUUCUUUACAGGUAUUUCCUUCUUUCUUCCAUUUCUUCCCUUCUUUCCUUCCCUCCUUUCUUUGGACCCUUGACCAAGCAGCGGCCGAAGGGCUCUCCAUGCGCUGCUGCUCUUUGCCGGGCAAGUGAGGCCGACCAAGUCCCAGCGCUGCCUGAAGCCUCCUUCCAAGAUGGCCUUCCUCCUGCUGGGUAUCUUUUUAGCCGUGUGUCAUGGCUUGGAGAACACAACGUCCACCUCCAAUGGUGCUCCUGUGGCAGCGGCCGUGAGGUCCCACUUUGACACCUGUCCGGACGCCCACAGCCAGUUCUGUGUAUACGGCACUUGCAGGUUCCUGGUGCAGGAGGAGAAGCCGGCGUGCAUUUGCCAGAGUGGUUAUGUUGGGACGCGGUGCGAGCACGUUGACCUGCUGGCGGUAGUGGCUGCCAACCACACGAAGCAGACCAUCACGGCGCUGGCGGUGGUCUCCGUGGUCGCAUGCGCCAUGCUUAUUAUGGUCUGCGUCCUCAUACAUUGCUGCAAAAUCCGGAAACACUGCAGCGGGUGCCGGACUGCCGUCUGCCGGCAGGAGAAGCCCAACGGACUCCUGAAGGGAGGGUCAUCCUGCUGUCACUCAGAAACAGUUGUCUGACCAAGACCUUUUUGGCCGAAAUUCAUCUCACUGUUCGGAGAGAACACCGUUCAUCUCACCAAACGCCGUCCGUAUUCCAAAGAUGUAAAUGUGGAUUAUAUAUUAUUUAAAGGAAGAAGUCUUCCAGGGAUUUGUUUGCAUCACAAUAUUGACAAAGUGGACUCCGCUCGGAGCCUCUUUGGGGUCUUUUAUUUCCGAAAACGGAAUGGGAAACGACAGGAAACGAGGCUGAAAACUUUAUGUUUACGCCUCUCCAAGGAACGAAUGCGCUUUUACAUGAAACAUGGACAGAUCACUUUGGGGUUUGUUUUCCCGUAUUCCCCAGGAAUCCUCUUUCUUUCUUGAGACUCCUUUGAAGAUUGGGAAUGCCUAUUGGACGUUGGACUCAAAAAGGGGAGAUCCUCCGUCGGAGAAGGCGGACUUUGGACAUUUGUUGGCACGUUCUUGCAAAGCAACGAAUGAAGAGCAACCUUGCAGAACUUCAAAUAGUUUCCAGAACAAGGAUACUUUUGUAUAUUGGGAUCACUUGCUUUUAGAGAACCUUAAAUGCAGUGCCGUUUGGGAUUCCGACAGAAGCAAAAGGACUCAUUUCCCUUUUGAGUUUCGACUCCGAAGGCAAAGUCAAGGCUGCAGAAACAUUCGAUGUCAAAAAGAUCAAGUGGGAUGUGAAGGGAUCUGAAACAUUUCCUUUGUUAUUACUUCAAAAGCCCUCCAAGGUGAUAAGGAAAUCCUCUUUAAUGCCGGUUCCUAAAUCCAAAUGGCAUGCUUGGGAUUUCUGGGCUUCCUGUUUCUCUUGGUACCACCAUCCUUUUCCUAUCCCAGUGGAUUACUGGUUUGACUGGAAGCAUAGCCGCAGACUCACCGAAAUGCAGAAAGGCUUGCAAGGUUUCCAAAAGUGGGAGGCAUCGCAUUGCGUCGUGCAACGAGAACUCGGACACAUCCGUCCCAUUACUUGGAAACUUUGUUCCUUUUCCAGGGAUUCCCAUCAUCCGCCGUCCAACAGUUAUGGGGGAACUGGGGAGAAUUAGGGGUGCAUUCCCAAUAUCCGAACACAGAAGGUAUUGAACAUGAUGAGGACUCAGUAGCAUUGCCCACCAAAUCCCAUACUGAGAAUUCCCAUUCCCUAUCGUUACCAAUUCCAGAUAUUUGAGAAUCCCCAUUAUGAUUGCUCACCGAAGCAUAUAUUGUGAAUUCUCAUUAUUUUACUCACCAAAUCCAAUACUGAGAAUCCCUACUACCGGCAUUAUGAAUUUCCGUCGGCAUCUCUCACCAAAACAUUGCUCAUCGUAUCCAAAAUUAGUAAUUCCCAUUACCGGUAUUAUGAAUUCCCAUUGGCGUUUCUCACCAAAACAUUGCUCACCGUAUCCGAAAUUGGUAAUUCCCAUUAUCGGUAUUAUGAAUUCCCAUUGCCAUUGCUUACCAAAUUCCAUAUUAAGAUUUGGUGUUUCUCACCAAAUUCCAUAUUGAGAAUCCACAUUCUGAUACUGAGAAUUCCAAUUCCUGAUUUUGAGAAUCUCCAUUACGAUUGUUCAUUGAAACAUAUAUUGUGAAUUCUCAUUAUUUUACUCACCGAUUCCCAUAUUGAGAAUCCCCAUUGUUGUGAAUUCCCAUUGACAUUGCUUACCAAAUCCCAUAUGGAGAAUUCCCAUUGGCGUUGCUCACCAUAUCCGAAAUUGGUAAUUCCCGUUACCAGUAUUAUGAAUUCCCAUUGGCAUUUCUCACCAAAUCCCAUAUUGAGAAUUCCCAUUACCAAUCAUUACCAAUACUGAGAAUUGCAAUUCCAGAUAUUUCAGAAUUCUUAUGAUUGCUCGAUGAAUCAUAUAUUGUGAAUUCUCACUAUUUGGCUCACCAAAUCAAAUAUUGAGAAUUCCCAUUACCAGUGUCAUGAAUUCCCAUUGACAUUGCUCGCCAAAUCCCAUACUGAGAAUUCUCAUUAUUACUUCUCACCAAAUCCCA